AAUGGUUCACAUCGCCUGCCGGAAGCAUCUUGCCUAACUUCGUGGUGCAGUGAAACGUGCGGUAUAUUUAGGAGAAGACAAAACCGAUAUCUUAUUAGUGCUGCCUAAUAGUGCCAUUAAUUACAACUACCGCGGGUGUGCGCGCGUGUGCGUGUGUACAGAAUGGCCAGUCCGCAAAAAUCGCCGAACGAUCGGGUGAACAGCGACCUGCUGGAGCACUUCCAGAAAAUCGACGUGAAGCGGGUGAAGGAGCCGGAAACGUUCACUGAUCGCGUCGCCAACUUCUGCAACCGGUGGCACAUCAAGAAGGUGCUGUCGCACCUCGGCCUGCUGGUGUCACUAGCCGCCUACUGCGGUGUCGGAGGAUACAUAUUUCGAGAGUUCGAAAAGCCGGCCGAGGUGGCGCGAACGCAGGAUCUCCGGAAGCUGUUGAUCGAGCAGCGCCAGGAGUUUAUCAACUCAACCACGCUUUAUGUGAGCAACACGGUCGUGGACAACCUGGAUCUGCUGCUAGCGCGCAAGCUAGAGCAGUAUGAAAAGGUGGUGCAGGACGCAGCACAGGGAGGCAUCACGAUCAAUGCCACUCAGAACUUCCCGGUAUCGGUAGAAAAGUGGAGUCUACUGCAAGCCGUAUUCUUCGCCUCUACCGUAAUAACAACCAUCGGUUAUGGCAACAUAGUCCCAGUCACGCUCGGUGGCAGGGUGUUCUGUAUGCUGUUCGCCCUGAUCGGGAUCCCAUUCACGCUAACCGUGAUUGCCGACUGGGGUCGACUGUUUGCGAGUGCCGUCUCAACGCUGGCGAAAAACGUUCCGGUCCUUCCGCUGGCAAGGUUCUGCCCUGAUGUCGGCAUUAAGAUGACGGACAAAAAGAGGCUGUACGCUGUCGGUGCGGUUUGCUUUCUCGGCGUGUACCUGGCGGCCGGUACCGGGCUGUUGCUGCUGUGGGAGGAGGACUGGAGCUUCUUCGAUGGUUACUACUUCUGCUUCAUCACGAUGACGACGAUCGGCUUCGGCGAUCUGGUGCCAAGUAAACCGAACUAUAUGCUCCUGUGCACGUUGUACAUUCUGGUGGGCUUGGCGCUGACCAGUACGAUCAUCGAGCUGGUACGAAGACAGUACGCCCAGAGCUGGCAAAAGCUGCAGGCACUCUCAGGGCCGUUGGCCGAUACGCUGCGCCGUUUGGGUGAGUCCGCUGGAACCGGCAUCGAUGUGACCGCCCUGCACAACGACCUACGGCGCGUGCUCACCGUCGUCUCCAUGCCCCGACGCCACGGCAACAAGAAGGCUCAGGCGAAGGAGAUGGCGGCGCUGGAGGCGAUCACCAACGCGAUCCUGCAGGACAUCAAGGAAAAGCAGGACAACCAGGAGGGCCCAGCCAAGAUGGUGCAGAUCGUCAUCUACGAAUCGUCCGUCUGAGCGCCGUGCCGGUUCUGCUGCAACCAUCGCCGUGCCCCCUCCCUGUAUGUUCUACACUCCCAUCCUUGCUAGUUGUCCGUUACCGCUAUAUCGCUGUCCAGAUCUGCCGUCCGUGUUGAUUUCGUUUUAUCUAACAGCCCUUGCACAGUCCAGAUUGUACUAGAGCGCGGUGCGGCGCAGGUGUUGUGCCCAUCGGACACGACCGACUGCAACGAUGAGUUGCUGCAAGCCGUCGACCCCUCCCCCUUGCGAUUGGAGUCAUAAUUGCCGUACCCUUGCGUGCACCAACCAACCCCUUACGGAACUGCGCAACCGGACCAGGCCUGACGCAAACGCGAACACGUACGCAAAUUAAAAUCGGUCGUUUGGGUCGGUCGUUUACCGCCUCGAACCUCGAGCAGACGAAAUACGAUAUUCGAACGGGGGAGAAAACGUUCAUUAAGCGUUCAGUCAACCAGAAGCGAAAAGUAUCACUCCGAAUCGAUGACCAAUAUAUAAAGAUUGCCUGCAACACAGCGGCAGUGAUAGCACACUGAGGUAUUCUACAUACAUAAUUCGAUUGCCCGAUGCCUAAUCCACACUGUACAUCGGAAGGGAUCGGCUCUUCCCUUCCAUAUAAUACGGAUGCCAACUAGAACUCUUACGAUUUAACAACGCAACAACUUUAUUCAGUACAAAUAAAUUAAAUGUUUCU